AUGGCAACAACAACUUCCUUCACUGCUUUCAAAUUCCAAAUACUCCCACAACAAAAACUUCCCACAUUCAAACUCAACCUUAAACAACCAAAUCAUAAUCAAAUUACCAUUGAUGAAACAAAGCAAAUCCAUGCCCACUUGCUAAAAACCUGCUUUCGAAAUCCUCAAGAAAUUAAUCCUGCAAUUCAACUACAUUCAACCCCUGCUGCUCGCUAUAAUUUCCUCAUAACAUCUUAUAACAAGAAUUAUCAGCCAAAUUGUGCACUAAACAUGUAUUCCCAAAUGAGAGAAAUGAACAUUGAAAUUGACAGUUUUAUAGUUUCUUCUGUCCUAACAUCUUGUUCACAGAUUGGUUGUGUUCUUUCAGGGAGAGAGAUUCAUGGGUUUGCACUAAAAAAAGGGUUAGAUUUUGAUGUUUAUGUUGGGAAUACUCUGAUCCAAAUGUACAGUGAAUGUGGGUUUCUGGGUUCUGCACAGCUCGUGUUUGAAAAACUGGUUGAAAGUGAUGUUGUUUCUUGGAAUACAAUGAUUAGGGGAUAUAUUAAGCAGGGUUUAUUUGAUGAAGCUUUGGGAAUGAUGAGAGAAAUGCAGUAUAAGUUGGUGAAGCCGAGUGAGAGUACAAUGAUUAGCAUGGUAAAGCUUCUGGCAGAUGAUGGAAACAAGAAAUUGACAAAGUCCAUGUUUGCUUAUGUGAUCAAGAAUAGCAGAAUGAAUCACUUGGGUACUAAUUUGACUACUACUCUGAUAGAGAUGCAUUCUAAGAGUGGGGAUUUUUCUGUUGCGCGCUUCUUAUUUGACAGUCUGACUGAAAAGAGCAUUUAUUCGUAUACAGCCAUGGUUGCAGGCUACAUACAUUGUAACGCCAUAGAGGAGGGUGUACUACUUUUUGGACAGAUGAUGGGUGAUGGGAUUUUGCCAAAUGAAGUCACUCUGCUGAGUUUAAUAACAGAAUGUGGAACAGUUGAGGCUUUGGACUUAGGAAAGCAGCUACACGCCUACCUUCUUAGAAAUGGGUUUGCUUUAACUUUACCACUGGCUACUUCUCUGGUAGACAUGUAUGGUAAAUGUUAUGAAAUCAGUAGUGCACGGACGAUCUUUGAUAAAAUGGAGAGAAGGGAUAUCAGGACUUGGACUGCUCUCAUAUCAGCUUAUACACAUGGAAAUUGCAUUGAAAAGGCAAUUGAUGUCCUAAUUCUAAUGACAGAAAACAAUAUAAGGCCUAAUCAGGUAACAAUGGUUAGCCUUGUAUCAUUCUGUACGGAAUCAGGAACACUUGACUUAGGGAAAUGGAUUCACAUGUUUAUAGACAAACAAGGGAUAGAAAUAGACAUAGUACUCAAUACUAGCCUUAUUGAUAUGUAUGCCAAAUGUGGGGAUAUAACCACGGCAUACCAGCUGUUCGAUGAAGCUAAAGAUAGAGAUAUACGCAUGUGGAACUGUAUGAUAAUGGGGUUUGGUUUGCAUGGUUUUGGUGAAGAAGCUUUGGAUCUUUUUAUCGAAAUGGAAACUUAUAGAAUCAAACCUAACGAUAUUACAUUCAUAGGAUUGCUUAACGGUUGUAGUCAUGCAGGGAUGGUAACACAAGGGAAAAGGGCAUUUGACAAAAUGAGGAACAAGUAUGGGUUGUUACCAAAGAUUGAGCACUAUGGUUGCAUGGUAGACCUUCUAGGGAGAGCAGGUUUGCUUAGUGAAGCAUAUGAUAUAAUAAAGAGCAUGCCAAUGAAACCUAAUAUAACUGUAUGGGGUGCUCUGCUUGCGGCUUGCAAAGUUCAUAAGAACCCUAACAUGGGGGAAUUAGCCUCUAAAAAACUGCUUGAAAUAGAUCGUGACAGUUGUGGACACAAUGUUCUUAUAUCUAAUAUCUAUGCAAUAGAGAAGAGAUGGAAUGAUGUAGUGAGUGUUAGAAAAGCCAUGAAAAACAGAGGGAUUAACAAGGAACCAGGAUUCAGUUGUAUUGAGGUAAAUGGUUCAGUAAAUGAGUUCACAACAGGAGGAGUUGAGGCACACCCAAAGUUUAGAGAAAUUUAUGAUAUGCUUGAGGAGAUGAUCUACAAACUCAAGGCGGCUGGUUACAAACCAGAUACUUCUGUAGCUUUGCUUAACAUACAAGAGAAAGAAAGAGAGCACUCACUUAAGUAUCACAGUGAGAAGAUUGCCAUGGCUUUUGGCCUCAUUAACACAGCUCCCGGUACUCCUCUUCGGAUUGUCAAGAAUCUUAGGGUUUGUGAUGAUUGCCAUACUGCUACAAAACUCCUCUCCAAGAUCUAUAAGAGGAAAAUCAUAGUUAGGGACCGUAGUCGUUUCCACCAUUUCUCGGAGGGAUUUUGUUCUUGUGGCGACCAUUGGUAAUGCACAAAAAAAGAAGGAAAAAAUAAACAGAAUGUAAUACAUUUGUAACUUAAAAGUAGUAGAGUAUAUACAGUUAGAGCUUAGAGUUCUCUUUCUCAAUGAAAAUGAUAUUCUUUCUAUCCCCAGAUAGAUAUUCAAA